AUGGCAACAAUUGAGCAGGGCAAUGGAGUUGGCUUGCAGGGCAGCACAGAGAAGCUGACAGAUGAUGGGAGAGGUACCACCUCACAUGGAUCCGACCCCGAGGCUAACGGCACCGUCCCCGGGGAGCAACAGGUGGACAAGUACGGGUUCACAGGAGGAGCCCAGCAGCACCCAGGACAGAUUGCUGAAGAAAUCCCCAAUGAUGUGCUGCGGCAGCGGGAGGCAAAAUGGCUGGAGAUGCUCAACAGCUGGGACAAAUGGAUGGCCAAAAAACACAAGAAGGUGAAAGAGCGCUGCCAGAAGGGGAUCCCUCCAUCCCUGCGAGGCCGGGCCUGGCUCUACCUCACUGGGGGGAAAGUGAGAAGGGAGCAGAACCAGGGCAAAUUCGAGGAACUGGACAAUCAGCCAGGAGAUCCUAAAUGGGUAGAUAUUAUUGAGAGGGACCUGCAUCGACAAUUCCCCUUCCAUGAAAUGUUUUCAGCCAGAGGAGGUCAUGGGCAGCAGGACCUCCUCCGCGUGUUGAAGGCUUACACUCUGCAUCGUCCUGAGGAGGGUUAUUGUCAGGCUCAGGCUCCCAUUGCUGCUGUACUCCUGAUGCAUAUGCCAGCAGAGGAUGCAUUCUGGGUUCUUGUCCAGAUUUGUGAGAAAUACCUUCCUGGAUACUACAGUACAGGGCUGGAGGCGAUCCAGCUGGACGGGGAGAUCCUGUAUGCUCUGCUGCGGAAGGUGUCUCCUGUGGCCCACCGUCACCUGAAGAAGCACAAGAUGGAGCCCAUCCUGUACAUGACUGAGUGGUUCAUGUGCGCCUUCUCUCGGACUCUGCCGUGGGCCUCGGUGCUGCGUGUCUGGGACAUGUUCCUUUGUGAUGGAGUAAAGAUCCUCUUUCGAGUGGGCCUGGUUCUCCUGAAAUGCAUGUUGGGAUCCCAAGAGAAACUGAAGGCCUCUCAGGGUCUCUAUGAAACAAUGGAGCUGCUCCGAGCCAUACAGCCGCAGUACAUGCAAGAAAGCUUCCUGGUGCACGAGAUUAUUGAGUUAGUGGUGUCUGAGAGGGACAUUGAGAAGGAACAUCUCGCUCAGCUGCGGAGCUGGAAAGAAUCUCGUGGAGAUCUACACUGCAAGUCCCCUCCCAGGAUGCACGGCGCCAAGGCCAUCAUGACUGCCGAGCCGCCCAGUCGACAGCACCUGAAACAGAGGCCCACCAUCAUCGUGGAGUCUCCCCUAGCAACCAAGACAGAUGGGGAGAGAGCAGGGAAGACCAAGGAAAGUGGAAAGACUAGAGAGAAAACAAUCGUACCACCACAGGAGACUGUUAACCCUUCCCUUCCUCCCAGUGACCCCUCACCUCUCCUCGAUCACAUGACUGUACAAGGGUCCAAAGAGAGUCUGAGCAGUGCAGAGCACGACACGUACCUGUAGCCGGGUAAGUGUCACCAGUUUAUUUCCGUAAAUCAUUCCACACAGCCUUUACUCACAUGUCACAGUGGCAUGACAAACUUUUCCAUGACUAUGUGUGUCUGUAGUAGUCGUGACUGUGACAGUUUUUUAGUAAAAUGGCUAUUUUUACAAUCAAGAAAAGAAGUAAUCUAAUUUUCAAAGCUGGCAAAAAUGCCAUUGCUCAGACUGCUAAGCAGCAACUGUAAUACUCAACACAUUUUCGGUGUCAUUUUGUUUAUACAGGUUGCUAUUUACUCUUCUUUUAACAACUACAGUCGUGGAAAUUUAUCAUAAAUAUAUAUGGAGCUCAGAAAUGUGUAAUUGCCAGGCAGCAACAACAGAUGGCGACUAUGUGCCUGUUUGGUGCUGUUGGAGCUUUUAGCUUCAUAUGACUGAACAUGUGGGCAUGUACACUCACUGACUCACCGUUAACAACUACUGCUGCCAUUUACCUCUUACAUUUACCUCUUAGAUUCUUUCCUUUGUUAUAAAUGAAGUCGGAUUUUGUCUCAAUUGAUGAAGUCUUUUCUAGAGCACUUUGCCUUUUAUAGUCUUCCUCUUUGCCGACGUUAGUCAGUACGUUGCCAACGCAGAGAUUCAUCCUGUUUUGCUAGACUCGCACUAAUUUGCAGACGCACAGUUUAUCAGUGUGUCUGACUGUAGAGCGCAGUCAUUUGACUGUUAUUCUGCAUUUGUCUUUGCUGUCUUUGAACACUUGAGGGCGUCCUGAGAUAAUCUCACAGCCUCAGCAGAGAGCAAAAACUAACACAAUGAAGGAAGAAGAAGUGUGCAGGGACAUUUUGUGCCACUAAAGCCAAAGAUUUUGAAUGCAUAUUUUUAAGGUAUAUGUUGUCCAAAUAGUUUAUUCAAUUUGGGAGAGGAUCAGGUUUAUAUUUAUGUCGUGAAUGAGAUAUGGUAAAAUGCCAUUUUUUGAAGAACUCUAAUACAAAGCUGUUUGUUUACAAUUAUGCUUAAAGGUUUGUGGGUCCUUAGACGUAAAGAUAUCUAAUGUUACUAUAAAAGACGAAUACAGCUGUAGGAGCAACCUCAGAGUCUGAUAUCCAGUCUAGAUGUGUCAUAUGCUUUUUUCCCCCAUUUCUUUUUCUUCUUUUUUACAUCUUAAACCAGGAAAUCUCACUGAAAUGCCUGGUGUUAUCUUUGUUGACAAAACUGCUUUGAAUAAGUAAAAAAAUAUAUAAAAUCAAAAAUCUACAAACUAAUAAUGAAGUACAAUUUUAAUCUUUAGCAGAUCUUUUCUAAUGGCAUUAUUUAGUUAAAAAUGAAGUGAAGCACUGGCUGCGUCUGAAAUGGCAUACUAUUCACUACAUACCCAAUAUGUGAACUACUAUUCAACAUACUUUUGUGUGAAUAAACAGCAGCAUGUAUCUUUUCGGAAGCACUGAGCAGCAAUAUAAAUCAUCACUUCCUGAGAGCCUCCUUGCCGGUUGGAGUCGUGUAACCAUGGUAACCAGUGCCAACCUCAUGUGACCAAAACAACAGUUUGUGAGAAUCAAAGUCUGAAUUGAUUUAAAAUAUAUGU